AUGGGAGUGGAGUUAGUAGCAAGCAUCAUUGCUGUUGUCGCCACUGCUUCCAGAGUCUCAGUCCACUUCGGCAGGUUUAUCUACGACGUUAAAGAUGCUGGUGAAACCAGGAACGAUCUUUUCUCCUGGGUAAAGAGCUUGCACGAAACGCUCUGUCUGGUCCACAAGACCCUGGAGCAACGGCAGAAGCAGACACCGACCAGGCCCCUAACCGAGAACGAGGAGGAGAUAUGGACAACGGCAUCAAAUACCUUGAAGCGCUGCCAGGAGACGGCGAAUAAGUUCGAAGAAAAUCUGCAGCGUCUGGGUGGAGGAGGGUCCGAUCCGAGAUGGCUGCAGAAGGCUUGGUUGCACUUGAAGAUUCAGGUCAAGAAUCCUGUGAUAGCUAGGAUGGAAGCGCAAAUCCAUGCAAACAUUCGGGCUGCGCACUUUCUGUUGACUUGCCUCCAGCAAUAUAUGCAUGAAGAGACACAAACGGCAUUGCGAGCGGAAAGCGAAAAGCACCAAGAAUUCCUCUCAAAGAUACAACAUGACAUAGGCCAACUCAGGGCUUGUUACGCGACCCUAUCGCAACAAAUUCGCCCUAGACUGGGGCGCCAAUCUCAGGCUGCUUCCUCAGAGGACGAAGCCGAGGGCACGACCGCUACUCAAGAUCUAGCUGGAGACAGGGAUGUUCUUGAAGAUGAGCCACCAGAAUUGCAAACAAUGAAGGAGUGCAUUCACGUCGCUCACUCGAUACGCGACAAGAUGUCAGUAGCGAGUAGCAUCGUUGGGACCGCCACGCAGACCGCCAGCGGCGGCGAAACGCGAUUGCUGGAAGACGCACGACGUGUGGGCAAUGGCAGACGGUCAGGAUGUGAGACCGAAUACAGUGAUGACAACGAUAGCGACAGCGAUACCGACGCGGACUCUGGACACAGAGGAGUGAGUUUGACUGGAACUGCAACUCCAGAGCGAGCGGAGACCAUCACAGCUGCCCCCGUAGUCCCUCAUCAGGCUGAUCAGGUUGAGCGAUCCGUCGAAGAUCCCAUUCUGGGACUCGAUUUUACUGAACCACCAGAUGUGUUAAAUACCAACAUCGAUAACUGCAAGAGGUCGGCAAAGGAAGCUGCUUUGGCCGGAGACUACGAAGGUGCCGAGAGAGACCUACUUGAUGCCAUAGAGUUGGCCAAGCGUCGUCAGAGCAUUUACAGCUUCCCCUUUGAGGAAAGGACAGAACUCCUGGAGCUGCUGGCUGAAGCUUUCGCCAAAAACCACAAGUUUAACAAGUCGAAGCGAGUGUAUGUUGACCUGUUGCGCGAGUCAAACGGCAAUCCGGUCAGGGAAGGGAGAAUGUGUUUCUUGCUUGCAGAAAUGUACCGUGAGAAGUAUCGAGUCCAAAAGGCCGUUGGACUCUUCGAGGCUUACGAGAAGUAUGCGAUGGCCGCAUUCAAUUCAGCUCUGCGGUUAUCGCCAAGCCAGGAUCCCAACAGCUCAUGGCCAGAAGGACAUCCAACUCUACGAGAUACUGCUCAAGUUCUGGUCGAGCUGUAUGGCUACUGGAAUAAGCCAAGCAGAGCAAAGACGUUUACUGAAAUGUAUCUGACGAGACAGGAGAAUGCGGCACCGCAUUCGGCUCCCGUCAGCACGAGUCCUUUAGACACGCCAACUCCCCUAAUCGGUCCAGAUCUUCCGCCCACGCCACCUCCCACUGCACCCGAAGAUCCACCCCCAACUUCGCCGGAAUCUUCAACAAACGUCUCCGACUGGAGCGGGCCCUCUCGUCGGGCUGCCCCCAAUCUCUCGGUCCCGAUUAGAAAGGGAGACAUCGAAUUGACCAACUAUGUACUCUCAUGUGGCGCCAAUAUCGAAGAGCGCGACGAGAAAGGCCUCACUCCUCUUCUCCUCGCCGCAAGUAAAAAACAGACCGCGAUUGUCCGUCUUCUCCUAGAUCAAGAAAGAGGCCCGAACGUGCUUGCGAAGGACAACAAAGGCCGGGGCGCCUUGCAUCACGCUCUUUUCGGCCGCGGUGGGGAAGAUAUGGUGGAGUACCUUGUCAGGCACGGAGCGGACGUGAAGGCAUGCACAUCCGACACGGAAAAGAUGUCUCCGCUGCAUUACUCCGUCAAGUUCAACAAGCUGCGCGCUGCAGAGAUCUUGCUCAACAACGGGGCAAACAUUGAAGCUGAGGACGGCGCUGGCAGAACUCCGCUCGGCUUAGCCCUCGAAGGGAGAAGAUACGAUUUGACGGAGCUUCUUCUAAGCCGAGAUGCUGCGUUCGAUAAAGAAUCCGUGUCUAGAGUGUUUCCGGGACUCAAGGAUUCGCUCAUUAAUCUCGAGAAGUAUGGGCAGUAUCGAGACCAAUCGAUCGGCGUCUUCGACGGUCUCAAACCUGGGGUCACGUUUCAGAUGGCGUCGCCAAAGAAAUCAUGA